CGUCUCCUCUGCGUCCACACGGUGCGCGGCUGUCGGCGUGACCGUCGCUCUGCUGUGAAUAAUGAGGAAUUCAAUCUUAGGGAAUGUGAUUUCACACUGAUGUGGUUUAUUCUGCCAUUUAACCUGCUGCAGGGAGAACGGGUGCUGAUGAAUGAUAGACUUGAUGUGAUGGGAGACCUGGCAGGCAGGACAGAUCAGAGCAGCUUUUCUGCUACACACUGAACCAACUAGAAGCAACUUAAUAGAGCAGACAGAAUGGAUUUUGACAACUGUACUGAUGGAAUGUUUGCUACAAACAGCAGUGAUUGUGACUCACUGGAAAACCCUGCAGCUCCUUCCAGUAAGAUCAUGCUUACCAUCACCCUGUCUAUAGUGGCAAUCCUCACAACGUUCUUCAACUGCUUGGUGAUUACGGCUAUCGCGGUAACCCGCAAGCUACACCACCCGGCCAACUACCUCAUCUGUUCAUUAGCAGCAACUGACCUGCUGGUGGCUGUGCUGGUGAUGCCCUUCAGCAUAAUCUACAUCCAGAAGGAGAGCUGGGUCAUGGGUCAGGUGGUGUGUACCAUUUGGUUGAGUGUAGAUAUUACCUGCUGCACAUGCUCCAUUCUUCACCUCGCUGCAAUCGCCAUUGACCGUUACAGGGCCAUUACUGAUGCGGUGGAGUACUCUCGCAAACGCACUGGAGCCAGGGCUGGUGCGAUGGUGGCAGUGGUGUGGCUGUUGUCCAUCCUCAUAUCACUUCCUCCGUUGGUGUGGCGGUACUACAGCGGGGAUGCAGAACAUGAAGACCAGUGCAUCAUCACCCAUCAUCAUAUGGCCUUCACUCUCUAUGCCACCUUUGGAGCAUUUUACAUCCCCCUGCUGCUUAUCCUCAUCCUCUACUACAAAAUAUAUCGAGCUGCUCAGACCCUCUACAUGCGCAGGGAGGCUAGCAGGGCUAGCCGUCACUCAUGCAUGACCAACGGGAGCAUGAUCCCCUCCACCUAUCCUGCUGGGGAUGGUGAUGAUGUUGAUGAUGGGGGGCCACAAAGUCCAGAGCCCAUGAGUCCUCAAGAUAAAUCCUUCUCUGAGGCAUCAACUGAAGAAAAUCCACGUGAACGUGCACGUGUUUCUGUAAAGGCCUUUCGGUGCAAGAUGCGUCAGAAUGAGUCAAACCGGAACGAGUCACGACGAAGCCAGUUGUACCAAGGGCCGCGGAUCUCAGGUUCACGGGAACGCAAAGCAGCAUCCACGCUGGGGCUGAUAUUGGGGGCUUUCGUUAUCUGUUGGUUGCCAUUUUUUGUCAAGGAGGUAAUUGUCAACACCUGCAGCUCUUGCAGCACUUCGAUGGAGAUGGCUGAUUUUCUGACAUGGUUAGGCUACUUAAACUCACUCAUCAAUCCCCUCAUUUACACGAUCUUCAAUGAAGACUUCAAAAAAGCUUUUCAAAAACUGGUUCGGUGCAGUUAUUGCCUCUGACGGUUAAGAUUAUGCACGAUCACGCCCAUGCACAUCCAAACAUAACAGGGUUGAAGUAGACUAAUGAUGAGAUUGUAGAAAGUGCUAACUGGAUGUACUUGGAUGACAGAUCUCAAAGAGAAAAGGAUUGACACCCAUUUACAGACAUUCCGUUGGCCAUUUGGACAGCCUAAAUGGCACCAGCUAAGCAGUGACAUUUGCAGCUCUACAGUGAAGUCCAAGUCCUGCUAUUAAUAGCACAGCCUGAGAUCUUCUUGAUAUUAAUUGGUGUGUGGUGGGACCCUGACAUGUUGGAUUUUCAAAAAUGGGCCAUUGCUGACCUUUUUGAGGUCUGAGUUCUGGGCAUUAGUGGUCAGCCCCAUUUAAAGUUCUGAGAAUAGCUGACCAUUAUGUGUGUUCCAUCUACUGACCUUCUUUUAUCUAGUCCAUGCUUUCAGUGAAACCCAGAACUGUGUAAAAUACCACUGCAUACCACCCUAUGAAAUUCUAUGGUUGUCAUAUACAGAGGAUGACUUUAUAUGAUUGUCUGUCUCAGUAUUUGUUAACAUGAGAUUAUGCUUUUCAGCUUUGCAAA